UGUUAAAUUGUUUUACAUAAUAAAAAUUGUUAAAAAUUUUAGUGAAAUGCACCACUUUCGGCAUGCUUUGGGCCAGCCUUACGUCAGUGAACAUCUGCAAUGGCGUCAGUGAUAGGGUAUUCUUGCCCUACCUCGGCAACUGCUCCAAAUACUAUAUUUGCAUGAGCGGUCAACCUAUAGAGCAACAUUGCAACUCCGGCUACCAUUUCGACGCCAAGGAUCAAAGCUGUACUUACCCGGAUGUGGCUAAAUGCCUGCCCAACUGCACCAAUGCACCUUCUGCGAUCGUACGCGAGUGCUGUGAUGGUUUGCAGUACAAUGCCGAAACAGAUCGUUGCGAUUUCCCACAAUAUGUGGACUGCGUGGACAAUAUGUGCAGCAUAUUCAAUGAUCCGAACAAUAUUACAUUCCUCACCAGCAAGGCGGUAUGUGAUAAGUACUUCAUUUGUAUGGAUGGUAACGCCUAUGCUCAGAAUUGUUCCAAUGGUUUGCAAUUCAAUAAAUCGUGUAAUUGUUGUGAUUUCCCAAAGAAAUGUCAAGUGCAAUAUAACUGUUGCUGCGCGCAACAUCAUGCCCUAUUCGAAGAUGCCACACAGGCGCGCUGACAUCGACUGCCCUGUUGAUGGUGCUAAUUUAAUUGCGCAUCGCGAUCCAGCCAAGUACUAUUACUGUUUGAAUGGAAUGGGUGUUUUAUUG